GUUAAAUAUGUAUAUACUAUGUAUGUAUGCAUGAUGAUCCAUCACACCCCCUCCUUAUCUUGUCUUUUCUCCACUCCAUUUUGCUCCACUUAAUUUUCACCUUUACAUGUACUAAAAUCCCAUCAAUUUCCCAACAAACUUCUUCUUCUUCCUUUUCUUUUAGUUUCUUCCUUGAGUGGGAAGCUUGUGAUAGUUCAAGAAUUCUAAGCUUCAGCUGCAUGGUUCUUGGGAGGAAAAGUUUGAGCUUUGGCUAGAGUUGAAAGGGUUUUGAGCAGGAAACUUGAAAUCCUUGCACUCAUCAGGAUUCCAGAGUUUGUGUCUGCUACUGUUUGUAUUGAGCUACACCUGUAGUUCACCAAGAAAUGGGCACCCAUGGCAAUAAUAGAGAUCCUGACUGGAUUUGUCGCCCCUUAUGAGUAGACUCUUAUGCCCCUCCCGAUACUUGCAAAAGAUGGCCCUACAGUCAAAAUCCCCUUCCCUCCAAAUUCUGACUAUUUUCUUGAUUUUCUUAUCUGGUUUCCACUUAUCCAUGUGCCUAACGCUUGAAACACAAGCCUUAUUAGAAUUCAAGAGACAGCUCAUUGAUCCUUUGAACUACUUGGAAUCAUGGAAAGAAUCAGAUUCUCCCUGCCAUUUUUAUGGAAUUACUUGUGAUCAAGAAACUGGUUUGGUGACUGAGAUUUCACUUGACAAUAAGUCCCUUUCAGGAAAUAUAUCACCGUCACUCUCUGUGCUGCAAAAUCUCACUUCUCUAGUAUUACCAUCAAACUUGAUCUCAGGGGUUCUUCCAAGUGAACUGAGCAAGUGCAUAAACCUCAAAGUUUUGAACGUCUCCGAUAACUAUUUGAACGGCAGCGUUCCUGACUUUUCCAUGCUCACAAACUUGGAGAUUCUUGAUUUAUCAGAUAAUAGUUUUUCGGGGGCAUUCCCAAGUUGGGUUGGAAAUUUGACUGGUUUGGUUUCGUUAGGCCUUGGCGAUAAUGAUUUCAAUGAGGGUAAAAUUCCGGAGAGCCUGGGGAACUUGAAGAACUUGUACUGGCUUUACCUAGCUGGUUCAAACUUGACUGGAGAAAUUCCUGAGUCUAUCUUUGAGUUGGAGGGGCUGGGAACACUAGAUAUAUGCAAGAACAAGAUUUCUGGGAACUUCCCAACGUCGAUAAGCAAGCUGAAAAAUCUGUUCAAGAUUGAGCUCUAUCAGAACAAUUUGACUGGUGAAAUUCCAGCAGGACUAGCAAAUCUGACCCUUCUCGAGGAGUUUGAUAUAUCUGCAAACCAAAUGUCGGGGACAAUCCCUCAUGAGCUUGGCAAUUUAAAGAAGUUAACUGUGUUUCACUUGUUCAAGAACAACUUUUCUGGAGAAAUCCCAGCAGGCUUUGGGGACAUGCAGCAUCUAAAUGCCAUCUCUCUCUACAGGAACAGCUUUACAGGAGAAUUUCCUCAAAAUCUUGGUCGGUAUUCACCGUUAAAUAGUAUCGAUAUAUCUGAAAAUAAAUUUUCUGGUGCAUUCCCAAAAUACUUAUGUGAGAAUGGGAAUUUAGAAAAGUUGCUUGCUUUGGAGAACGAUUUCUCUGGGGGGUUCCCAGAUACUUAUGCCGAAUGUAAACCUUUGGUACGGUUGAGGAUCAGCCAGAACCAGCUUGACGGGACGAUACCAGAUGGCAUCUGGUCACUUCCUAAUGUCCAGGUCAUAGAUGUUAGUGAUAAUUACUUCACUGGAGGGAUCUCAACAGGCAUUGGGGCUGCACUGCAGCUGAAUGAGUUAAUGCUGUCAAACAAUAGAUUUUCAGGUGAGCUACCUAGAGAGAUUGGGAGGCUUACACAACUGGAGAGAAUUUACUUGGAUAAUAAUAACUUCUCCGGGAGAAUUCCAUCAGAACUUGGUGCUUUAAAGCAGAUAGCAUCUCUGUAUCUGGAAGCAAAUGCAUUAACUGGAUUAAUACCUUCAGAAUUGGCUGACUGUCCUAGACUGGUGGACUUAAAUCUUGCUUCAAAUUUUCUUAGUGGUAGUAUUCCCAGUAGUUUCUCCAAGAUGGCCUCAUUAAACUCUUUGAAUCUUUCAAGCAACAGACUCACUGGGCCAAUUCCAAGAAACUUCGACAAGCUGAAACUGUCAUCUGUUGAUCUGUCGAACAACCAUCUGUCAGGGAGCAUUCCGCCUUAUUUUUUGACAGUGGCUGGUGACAAGGCAUUUCUUGGAAACAAGGGACUUUGCAUUGAUGAUGAUGAAAGUGGCACAAAGUUUGUGAACUCACAGUUGGGCUUUUGUGAUGGGAAAAACGGUCACAAGGAUUUCAUGAAAAAUAAACUAGUUAUGUCCUGUGUGAUAUUGCUUGCCUUGGUCGUUUUACUAGGCGGCUUACUGCUUGUGAGUUACAGGAACUUCAAGCACAGUGAAGCAGACAAGCAUCUUGGAGACGAAAAGGGCAUUAAUUCAAACUGGAAGCUCGAGAACUUCCAACAACUGGAGUUUGAUGUGGAUGAAAUAUGUGACAUGGACGAAGACAAUUUAAUUGGUAGUGGAAGCACUGGAAAAGUUUACCGGGUGGAUUUGAAGAAAGGUUGCGGAACAGUUGCUGUGAAGCAGCUAUGGAAAGGAAGUGGAGUGAAACUUAUGGAGGCAGAAAUGGAUAUUCUGGGAAAGAUUAGGCACAGAAAUAUACUAAAGCUAUAUGCUUGUCUAAUGAAGGGAGGUUCAAACUUCUUGGUGUUUGAGUACAUGGCGAAUGGCAACCUAUUUCAGGCGCUUCACACAGAAAUUAAGGCUGGAAGGGCAGAACUAGACUGGUACCAGAGGUGGAGAAUUGCAGUCGGUGCCGCAAAAGGAAUCGCCUACUUACACCUUGAUUGCUGCCCACCUAUUAUUCAUAGAGACAUUAAAUCCACCAAUAUAUUACUUGAUGAGGAUUAUGAAGCAAAAAUAGCUGAUUUUGGUGUUGCGAAGGUGGCUGAUCAAGUGUCCCCUGGGGGAUCAGAGUUGAGUUGUUUUGCAGGCACCCAUGGCUAUAUAGCUCCAGAGAUGGCAUAUUCAAUCAAAGUCACCGAAAAAAGCGACGUGUACAGCUUCGGGGUCGUGCUGUUGGAGUUAGUGACCGGAAAGAAACCAAUAGAGGAGGAUUAUGGAGAAGGGAAGGACUUAGUCUACUGGGUUUCUACACACCUCAACAACAGGGAAAACGUGCAAAAAAUUCUUGAUCAUAAGGUGGCUACCGAGCUAGUUCAAGACGACAUGAUAAAGGUCUUAAAGAUUGCCACACUUUGCACUUCUAAGCUCCCAAAUCUGCGGCCCAGUAUGAAAGAAGUCGUCAAGAUGCUCAUCGAUGCUGAGCCCUGCUCUUUCAGGUCUCCAGACAAUUUCGUAAAAAACGAGAAGGCUUAUCUCUAGCUCCUCUCCUAAGCAUGUUUUCUAUCUAUUCUGUUUACACAGUAGUUUGUAUAAUCAGUAUUUCAGAUUCCAACCCAAAUGGAUGGAUGAAUGAUGGUAGUUUGUACAAUUAAUAUUUCAGAUUCCAGCCCAAUGGAAGUAUAUUCUUAUACAUAUGUUACUAUUCAGUCCA